AUGGCGAAAUCAGCUUGCAAUGUGCUACCAUUCAUUGUCGUCUCCUAUCUUACCUUUUACAGUGGUUUUGUAGUUGAAGCUGCGGUUGAUCCAGAAGCCGAAUGUCAAGGUGGUGGUUAUGCGUUUUAUGAAAACGGAACAUUUGUGAAUGGGACAGCUUCAUGUGAUAUUCCAGAAAGUUACUGCUGUCAAUCGACUACCAAUGAAGGAUACGUCAUCUCUACAGCGAAUGACACGGUCGCUCCCCUCAACGAUGCCUGCAUCGGAUUAUCUGGUCUGGUUUGUCAUGGAAACGAAACACACGUCAACUGUGACGGAACAAGAGCUUGCUUCGACGCAGAUGUGGAUGUCAUCCAAGGUGGGAGCUGCACAGGUUUGCACGCCUGCAGAAAUGUGACUUCGGAAAAGAUCUUGGGAGGCAGCUGCAUCGGACCGGGUCAGGCCUGUAUGAAUUCCAAUGUCCAACAAAUUACUGGCGGGUCGUGCAAUGGGAUGCUAGCCUGCAAGGAUAGCGAUAUCAAUAUUGUGGAGGGCGGGAGCUGCGAAGGACUGAAUAGUUGUUAUGGAACUGACAUUGAAAGUAUCAAACAAAGAUCUUGCCGCGGUGAAUAUGCAUGUGGAUCCUUUCCCGGGAACCGAAACACUACCAUUGGAAAAAUUGAGGGCGAGAGUUGCAGACGCCCAUAUAGUUGCUACGAAAGUAACAUUGAGUCCAUCACAGGAAAAUCCUGUAUUGGAGAAUAUGCGUGCUCGGCCUCGGUGAUUGAAAAUAUACAAGGAGCCUCGUGUUCCGGCUAUCAGUCAUGUUUCGAAGCUCAGAUUGAUCUUAUUCAGACCUCCUCUUGCCGAGGCGAGUAUGCCUGUCAUCAAGCCAUUGUUGGAUCCAUUACCGAAAGUUGUCAGUCGGACUAUGCCUGUUUGCAAACCAACACUCCUAGCAUUAGUGGUGGAUGCAACGGAAACAGAGCUUGUUAUGGUACCAAUUCGGCAGAACCUUUGAGCGGUGCUGUUAGCAAGGUUCCAGGCCAUUGGUUACUGCUCUCGUCUCUUCCAUUCGUCACAAUGCUUGCAUCGUUUGGGGUGUAA